CUUAAAUUUAGAAGCAGUAGAAUUUGAAGCUGAAUUGGGUUCUCUCACUUGGAACUUUUGCACCAAAGCUGUUCUUAGGCCUAUUGAGAGUUUGAAGAGCAAGAGAACUGAAAGAUGAAGGUUGAAAGAGAUUCUGUUGGACUUGUUACUCCAUUUGCCAAAGCUAGAUUCCUCAGCAGAAUGUCGUUUUGGUGGUUAAAUCCGUUGAUGAAAAAAGGCAGGAAGAAAACUCUUGAGGAUGAAGAUAUGCCCAAGUUGCGCGAGGCAGAUCGAGCAGAAAAUUGUUAUAUGCUGUUCUUGGAACAAUUGAAUAAGCAAAAAAGAGCAAAACCAUCAAUUUUGAAGGCAAUAAUCUUGUGCCAUUGGAAAGAAAUCAUCUUAACUGGGUGUUUUGCUUUGUUAAAGAUUCUUACAGCGUCUGCCGGCCCCUUACUUCUGAACUCCUUCAUAUUGGUUGGUGAGGGGAAAAAAAGUUUCAAGUACGAAGGACACUUGCUGGCAAUAUCAUUUUUAUUUAUAAAGAGCAUAGAAUCCAUAUCACAGAGGCAAUGGUUCUUCCGAAGCAGGCUUAUUGGCCUGAAAGUGAGAUCAUUGCUAAUUGCAGCCAUUUAUAAAAAGCAACUGAGAUUAACCAAUUCAGCUAGGUUGAAGCACUCAGCUGGUGAGAUAAUGAACUAUGUAACUGUAGAUGCUUAUAGAAUUGGAGAACUUCCAUUUUGGUUCCAUGAGAGUUGGACGACAGGCCUCCAGCUAUGUCUUGCUUUAGCAAUUCUUGUCCAUGCAGUGGGGCUAGCAACAAUUGCAGCACUGGUAGUGAUAAUUCUCACCGUGCUUUGCAAUAUUCCAAUUGGAAAGAUACAGCAUAAGUUUCAGUCUAAGCUAAUGGUGGCGCAAGAUGAGAGACUGAAGGCAAGUUCUGAGGCUCUGGUCAACAUGAAGGUUUUAAAACUGUAUGCUUGGGAAACUCAUUUCAAGAAUGUUAUAGAAAAUUUAAGGAAGUUAGAACACAAAAGGCUCUCUGCAGUGCAGUCAGAGAGAGCAUAUCACAGCAUUCUCUUUUGGUCAACUCCUGUUUUGGUCUCUUCUGCUACUUUUGGAGCGUGUUAUUUCCUCAGAGUUCCUCUACAUGCAAAUAAUGUUUUCACCUUUGUAGCAACUUUUCGCCUCGUUCAGGAUUCAAUUUCACAUAUUCCUGAUGUAUUGGGGGUGUUCGUUCAAGCAAAGAUUGCAUUUGCACGCAUUUUACAAUUCCUUGAGGCACCAGAGCUGCAGAGUGCACAUGUCCAGCACGAUUGCAACAUGGAGAGUGUGAAUCACUCCAUUUUUAUCAAGUCGGCAAAAUUCUCCUGGGAAGAGAAUUCAUCAGAGCCCACUCUGAGAAACAUAAAUUUGGAGGUUAGACCUGGAGAAAAGGUGGCCAUAUGUGGAGAAGUUGGCUCAGGCAAAUCAACCCUUCUAGCAGCAAUUCUUGGAGAAGUUCCAAAGAUUCAGGGAACUAUUAAAGUAUGUGGGAAGAUUUCCUAUGUUUCUCAAACAGCAUGGAUUCAGAAUGGGACAAUACAGGAGAAUAUUUUAUUUGGGUCUGUCAUGGAUAGUGAAAGAUACAGAGAAACAUUGGAGAGGUGUUCGUUGGUGAAGGACCUUGAGUUGCUUCCUUUUGGUGAUCUCACUGAAAUAGGAGAGAGAGGAAUCAACUUGAGUGGUGGUCAGAAGCAACGCGUUCAACUUGCUCGGGCUCUCUAUCAAAAUGCUGAUAUAUUUCUCUUAGAUGAUCCAUUCAGUGCUUUGGAUGCACAUACUGCUAUGAGCUUAUUCAAUGAAUAUGUUUUGGGAGCGCUUUCUGGGAAGACAGUCUUACUCGUGACCCAUCAAGUUGAUUUCCUGCCUGCUUUCGAUUCUGUUUUGUUCAUGUCAGAUGGGGAAAUCCUACAGGAAGGUCCUUACCAUCGGUUAUUGGCCUCAAGCAAGGAAUUUCAGGACCUUGUUAACGCACACAAAGAGACGGCCGGCUCUGAAAGGCUUGCAGCCGUUAGUUCUGCCCAUAGACAUGGAACAUCAUCCAGAGAGAUUAGAAAGGCAUACGUAGAGAAGAAACUCAAAGCAUGUAAAAGUGAUCAAUUGAUUCAGCAAGAAGAGAGAGAAAUAGGAGACACGGGCUUCAAGCCUUACAUGCAAUAUCUGAAUCAGAGCAAAGGGUUCUUGUACUUCACCAUGGCCAGUAUCUCUCACCUUCUAUUUGCGAUUGGUCUGAUAUUACAGAACAGUUGGAUGGCUCGUAAAGUUGAUAAGGCCCAUGUUAGCACAUCGCGAUUGGUCUUGGUCUAUUUGCUGAUUGGACUGGCCUCAGUACUGUUUUUAAUAUUCAGAUGUCUUUGUACACUUGCUAUGGGUCUUAGAUCUUCAAAAUCUUUGUUUUCAAAGCUAUUAGACUCCCUUUUCCACGCACCCAUGUCUUUCUACGACUCCACACCUUUGGGAAGGAUACUUAGCAGGAUAUCUUCUGAUCUGAGUAUCAUGGAUCUCGAUGUCCCGCUCAGCCUUAUGUUUUCAGUUUCAUCUACCAUAAAUGUUUGUUCUGCUCUUGUAGUACUAGCCGUUGUCACCUGGCAGGUCUUAUUUGUCUGUGUACCAAUGAUUUAUCUCGCAAUUAGCUUGCAGAGAUACUACUUCGCCUCUGCAAAAGAACUGAUGAGGAUAAAUGGCACAACCAAGUCCUUAGUAGCAAGUCAUCUAGCUGAGUCUUUAGCGGGAGCCAUGACAAUAAGGGCUUUUGAGAAGGAAGACAAGUUCUUUGCAAAAAAUCUUGACCUCACUGACACCAAUGCUAGUCCUUCUUUUCACAACUUUUCAGCAAAUGAGUGGUUGACCCAAUGGAUAGAAAUGAUAAGUGCAGUUGUUCUUGCCUCUGCAGCACUUUGCAUGGUUUUGCUUCCUCCCCGAACUUUUAGCUUUGGACUCAUGGGGAUGUCACUUUCUUAUGGUCUUUCCUUAAGCAAUAACCUUGUCCGUGCAAUUCAAAAGCAUUGCAGUAUAGCAAAUGACAUCAUUUCUGUAGAAAGGCUAUAUCAAUACAUGCAUAUUCCCAGUGAAGCCCCUCAAGUAAUAGAAGGGAGCCGCCCAACAACGUAUUGGCCGGCUGUGGGUAAAGUGGAGAUACAAGAUUUGCAGGUCAGAUAUAGGCCCAAUGCACCUCUCGUUCUUUGCGGGAUAAAUUGCACUUUUGAAGGAGGGCACAAGAUUGGUAUUGUUGGCCGAACUGGCAGUGGGAAGACUACCCUCCUAAGUGCUCUUUUUCGUCUGGUGGAGCCAGCUGCAGGGAAGAUUAUAGUUGAUGGCAUUGACAUCUCUCAAAUUGGACUUCAUGAUCUUAGGUCACGUCUCGGAAUAAUUCCUCAAGAUCCUACUCUUUUUAAUGGUACUGUGAGAUACAAUUUGGAUCCCUUGUCUCAAUAUUCUGACCAAGAAAUCUGGGAGGUUAUUGAAAAGUGUCAGCUGCAAGAGGCUCUUCAAGAUAAAGGAAAGGGCCUAGAAGCCUUAGUUGUGGAAGAUGGAUCGAAUUGGAGCGUAGGGCAGCGGCAACUUUUCUGUCUAGGGCGUGUGCUUUUGAGGAGAAGUCGGAUAUUGGUGCUCGAUGAAGCAACUGCAUCCAUUGAUAAUGCAACUGAUAUGAUUCUGCAGAAAACUAUUCGGACUGAAUUUGCAGAUUGUACUGUAAUCAUAGUAGCGCACAGGAUACCAACCGUGAUGGAUUGCACCAUGGUUCUUGCUAUUAGAGAUGGAAAAGUAAUGGAGUAUGAUACACCUAUGAACUUGAUGAAGAGAGAAGAUUCGCUGUUUGGGCAGCUUGUGAAGGAAUACUGGUCCCGUUCUGAGUCUACAGAACCCCAUUGAACCUAACAAUAACUUCUUAUGCAGACUUUUUUAAAAAAAUGGGAAGAAAAAAAAGUUUUUAGUGGGAAGCAGGGGGAAAAAAACUUCAGUGGGGCUCUAAAGAAAAAGAAAAGCAUUGACAGGCCAUGUUUUAGGUUGUGUAAUGUAUCUAGUUGUAUUGAAAUGCCAUGCUCCCUCUUUCUAAAGAAGGCAACAGUUAUAAUUAACUAUAUCUAUUAGAAACAUAAAAGAGCUCCACUGUUAUGAACAGGAUUCUCCACCAUUUUGAUUUGAACAGGUGCAUUCAACGCAUCUUUGUGGAGUUUAUGGGUUUUCCCACUGCAGGGACGUCCAUAAAUUUUGGAGGAGCCACAAAGAC